AAAUGAUAUAAGAUUAAAGAUUUAAUUAUAAUAUAAUUUGAUAUUUAAGAUAAGAGACAAAAGAGUGAGUCAAUUUCUUUGAGCUUUCAGUUGUUUAACGCUGAAGCGGAAGCUUGCUUUCCAUAGAAAACAGGUCUCGGAAUCCCAAAAGGAGUCUUCUUUGUAGCUGCCCCUCCAAUCUCUGAUCCCUGCGACGCCCAGAAAAUUUCAACCACAAAUUUCCUUUGUCAGUCACUUCUUGCAAAUCAUAGGUAUAGUGUGGGGUGGGAAGAGAGGUGAGGCUCUCACUUACCAAAUACAUCUGCUACAGCACACAUGGAUCAAAAUGUUACUAUGGAAGAGCCGAAGAGUUUGAAUAACAGCCUUGAAUUGGUUAAAUCAGUCACUGAUAAGAAUCUUGAUCUUUUGAGGCCAUCAUCUCGAUAUUAUUCAAUGUUUAAAGGGCUAGAGAGAGAUGCUGCAGAGAAUGAUAAGGGUAAAUAUACCCUGAUUAGAGAUGUAGAGGACUUGCAGCCAGGGAUUUACGACAAACCUCUCCGGUGCUUCGGCUGUGGUAUAGGAUGGUUCUCUUUUCUUUUGGGCUUUGUAUUCCCAUUGAUGUGGUACUAUGGCACUUUCCUUUAUCUUGGAAAUUACUAUCGCAAGGAUCCAAGGGAACGAGCAGGGCUAGCGGCUUCUGCAAUUGCUGCACUUGCUUGUUCAGUAGCAUUGUUGAUUAUUGCGGUCGCUCUGCUUUUCUUUUAGCUCUAGUCGAUGCAAUCUUAAGUAUGCUUUCUGUACCUUUCUGGGCAACAAGAAAGCAAAUUGAAUUCAAAGGAGUUUUUGAACUGAAGAAAGAAAAAUGAAAAGGGAAGCCCCUAAGAGAAAAGCUUAGAUAGUUCCCAACAACUGGAAUGUCUAUACAACAAAGCGUGGAUUAUGGAAAACCAUACUUUCAUUUCAUUUUUUCUCCUUUUUUUUUUCUUUUUUUUUAACCAUUUUUACGACUGAUAGAUACGAGAAUUCUCCCUGUUAAUGCUGUAAUUUCACAUUAAAUAUAUCAAAUCGAUGUUUAUAAAACUUCAUGAUCUUAUACUUU